GCGAUGACGAGAGGGUAGCAACAGUUGCCCCGGUGAAGGCAAGGCGCCAUAGUCACGGUAGUCCUAGCGACAAGAACCAAGCAACGGGAGUCAACAACAACAACCUAAAUAUAAGGGGGAAAAACUCCAACGACUAAAAAGGACAAUAUUGGGACAAACUAGAGAACCAGCUCCUCAAAGCAUUGGUUGCCAUGGCAACUUCUGGAUACUCCGAGGACCUUCAGCCUCAGCAGGCCAAUGCAGUAACCAUAGCAACACCUUCUGCCACCACACCCUCAUCCGCAAAGACGGCACACUUCCUGUCCGAGAUCCCACCAACCUCUGGAGCCAUUGCAUCGGCUAACCAAUCAGCCUCUGUCUCAAAAGCAGGACAGGAUGCACUUUGUUCUCAAGCGCCGCCCAACAGCCAGAAGGCAGUGGUUCUGACGACUCCCACGCAGCACUAUGUAACCCAAGAAAUCCAGCACUCUGCGGUCCAGAAAAGUAAUGGUCAGAGCAACUCGCCCCAGUACAUCAUAGUAACUGUUACAGAGGGCUCAGUUCACUCCAAUGACAGCCUGUCAGACUCUAGCCCACCUGCCACUGGUGUUCCUACUCAGGUGGUCCAACCAGUGCAGACCACCCAACAGAGGUCAGUGUUACAAGCGGUGUCGCAGGCAGCCAAGAGGAUUCAGAUCAACAACCUACAGUCUGUGGACAUUAACCAGGAGGUGGAGCAUGUGUACUCUGGCCAGGUGCAGUAUGUGGACGGAGGAGGAGACGCGACUUUUACCCCGUCCUCCAUUCGAUCGAGCAACUACCCUUUCUCCGACUCGCCCCUCUACUCCCAGACCCCUCCCUCCUCCUCCUCCUACUACGAGGCCACACCCAGCUCUGAGUCAGACAUCACUGGCUCUGUGACCUCGCAGCCAGUUUCUGUGGCAACAGCGGGAGCCAAUAGUGGGGGAGCUGCUGCGGGCGGAGGGGGCUAUGUCAUUCAAGGAGGUUAUGUGUUAGGAGGAGGAGGAGGAGCAGCAGCAGGUGGAGGAGGACAGAGUUACUCCAGCCCUAACUCUCGUGCCCCACCCGCUACUGUGCAGUGGCUGUGUGAUAACUACGAGGGGGCGGAGGGGGUGAGUUUACCUCGCUGCACCCUCUACUACCACUACCUGCUGCACUGCCAGGAGCAGAAACUAGAACCUGUUAAUGCAGCAUCCUUCGGCAAACUCAUCAGGUCUGUCUUCAUGGGGCUACGUACACGGAGAUUGGGGACCAGAGGGAACUCUAAGUACCACUACUAUGGACUGAGGAUCAAAUCUGGUUCCCCGCUGCUCAGACUGAUGGAUGAACAGCAGCACAUGGCGAUGAGGCAGCAGCCUUUCUCACAGAAAAACAGGAUAAAGCCACUUCAGAAGUCACAGGGGAUCACCAAUGGGACAUCAGGUGGGAUGGGUCAGCAGCAGGCGGCGGCACUGUGUGAUAUUUCGGCGCAGGUGCAACAGUACCAGCAGUUUCUGGAGGCAUCAAGGCCGCUGCCAGACUUUGUGGACAUUGAUCUGCAAGAUGGAACCCUGCCCGAUGGGAUCCUUUUAGAGCACCUCAAGGCCUUUCAGACUCUCUACAGAGAACACUGUGAGGCCAUUCUGGACGUGAUGGUCAACCUUCAGUUCACUCUCGUGGAGACACUUUGGAAAUCCUUCUGGCGGUUCAGCCAGAGCAGUGACACCGAAUCACUCAACCUGCACAAUGAGUCUGAGAAGCGUCUGCCCAAAUCGUGCCUGGUGGUGCUGUGUAAGUAUGAGCCAGUGCUGCGCUGGACCAAAGAGUGCGACAACCUGCUCUACCAGACUCUGGUGGAGAUCCUCAUCCCUGAUGUACUGAGACCCAUCCCCAGUGCCUUAACUCAGGCCAUCCGCAACUUUGCCAAGAGUCUGGAGAACUGGUUGACAGGCGCCAUGAUGAACAUCCCAGAAGAGAUGGUUCGCAUAAAGGUAUUUUGUGUGGGCUCCUUCUCCCAGACGCUGCGCCGCUAUACCAGCCUGAACCACCUUGCCCAGGCAGCCCGCGCCGUCCUCCAGAACUCCGCCCAGAUCAACCAAAUGCUCUCAGACCUCAACAGGGUCGAUUUCACUAAUGUACAGGAGCAGGCAUCCUGGGUAUGUCAGUGUGAAGACCGUGUGGUACAGCGGCUGGAGCAAGACUUUAAAAUGACCCUGCAGCAGCAGAACUCUCUGGAGCAGUGGGCCACCUGGCUGGAUGGUGUUGUCUCUGAGGCCCUGAAGCCCUACGAGCACAACCCUGUCGUGCUACCAAAGGCUGCAAAGGUUUUCCUGCUCAACUGGUCCUUCUAUAGCUCUAUGGUAAUCCGGGACCUGACUUUGCGCAGUGCUGCCAGCUUUGGCUCCUUUCACCUGAUCCGUUUGCUGUAUGAUGAGUAUAUGUACUACCUGAUAGAACACAGGGUGGCCCAGGCUAAAGGAGUGACACCCAUUGCGGUCAUGGGAGAAUUUGCCAGCACUGUCAAGAGCCGAAUCUCUCCGGACCUGGAGAAAGAAGAGGAAGAGGAUGACGAGGAAGAGGAGAGCGAGGACGAGGGCGGAGAUCUCGUGCUGCAGUCCAGCUCUCUGAGAGCGGUCGAUGACGAGAAGGACUCGAUGGAGCCGCCCGCCAAGCUGCCCAGGACCAGUUUCAAUCUGCACUCUCUGACCGACAGCACGCCAUCUUAGCCGCUCAUUUGUGUAGUUAUCACACACACACACACACACACACACACACACACGUACACACACACACAUUUUGCUUUAAGUUUAACAUCAUGUCAUACCAUUCUGUCACCUUGUUUGGCCUUCGGUUUUGCAAACAGAUAGAGAGUGUGUGUGUGUGUGUGUGUGUGUGUGUGUGUGUGUGUGUGUGUGUGUGUGUGUGUGUGUGUGUGUGUGUGUGUGUGUGUGUGUGUGUGUGUGUGUGUGUGUGUGUGUGUGUGUGUGUGUGUGUGUGUGUGUGUGUGUGUGAGAGAGUGGGAGAGCCCGUUGCCAUUCUUUUUCUCUUUGCCUUUACCUGAUAUUUUACAGUCCUUCCCUCGUUCCCUGUGCCUUCCCUGUUUGUCUUGUGGACAGAUGCCAGUAGCCACUUCCGUGCAGUCUCAACUAUAUUGUAUACAAUAUAUAUUAAUAUGUACAGAUGGGUGACAAAUUAAAGGAAAAACCUGAAUAUAUGAGUGAGGAUGCAGAUGCUUCCAGAGACGUGCACUGCAUGCUACAAUUAAGCAAACAACAUCCAAUCCUGCUCUGUGGCAUGUAUAAAAAUGCUGAACAGGCCCAGAUGAUUCAGAGUUAAAUAGUUGUAACUCAGUUUUUUUUUUAAACCUGUUCAAGUAGUUUUAUCUUGAAAUAGACAUUUAAAUAAAGGCUUUAUAACUUUUUGUUGGGGUCAGGGGCGUAGCACAAAAUUCUGGGCCCUGUAGAAAGUUAUUUUCUAUGGGCCCCUCCCCACAUCCGCAGCUAUUCAUUCUAGCAUCUUUUUGGGCCCUCCUCACAUGAGGGCCCUGGGUACUCAGUCCCCUGAUGUGUAAUCAAUGCCAACACCUUACUAAGACACUUUAUGUUGGUUUUUCCUUUAGUUGGUCACCUGUCUGUAUAUUCUUGAUUCCCUCCUGCCCCGCCUUAACCACUGACCUGACUGCUGAGGAGAGAUGAGAAGACUCCAAGUGUUCUUCGUUGUACUCUAAACUCAAAAAUAUCUCGUACCUUGCCUUUUAAAGCGAUGACUAUGCAGGGCACUGUCUGAAAUAUACAAUGUUUUAAUCUCAGAGUAGCAUCUGGAAUGAUACUGCACCAUGGAUUUUGUUGGCACAUGGAUGUCGAUUGACAGAUAUGUGGAUGCCAUAUUUGACGUCCUUUCAUUUCUUAUUAAUUUGGCCAAUUAACUGAUACCCUGUGCCUUUGAGAGAUUUCUAGCCUAAAGAAAGCUUAUAUUCUAUAUAUUCUGUAUCGUGGAUUAAUAAAUGAAAGUCCUGUGAAGUAGUCUUGGUGUUGUCAUGAACUUUUACUAGCUGUGACAAAAAAAAAAAAUUGAAAUGUUGACAGUCAAGCCUUGUGAUGAUUUUGCCCAGUUUGCUGUUCUUCACCCAUCCAUCCAUCCAUCCAUCCAUUCAUUCUUUCAAGAUCAUAAUUUCUUUUACACACAGACACAGUUUAGACACCACCAGACACUUCAUAGAUGCAGUGUAAGUUGAAUGGGCCACAGGACAAGAUCAAAGCUUAUCCCAGCCAAUCAGCAGCACUUACUACACUGUAUCCAUGGUGACCUUUGUGCCAGCUAGAUGUACCAGCUACAGCUAUCUCAAAGUUUUUGUAGUGUAAAAGUAGAUGUGUAUUUUCUGGGUAUCAAUGUUGAACAUUUUGCAAAUAACCUAUAUUAUGUACCCUUGGUGAACCUUGUCACAUAUUUGUAUGUUGUUUAACCAUUGUUGCCUUAAGAAAUAUGUUGUGCUAUGUCCACUAUCCAGAUGAUUGAACUAUAUUUUUUAUUGUAAUGACGGACCAAGCAUGUGAUUAUGGUGACUUUCUAGAUGGACCCUUUCCAAAGAGCACACGCUCAACCAGCAGCUUCUCACACGGCAUGAGCAGAUGUUGAUUUUAUGAAGCGUUGGACUGUCCUCCUUCAGGGUGGUCCGACUACAAAGCUCCCACCAAAGAGCACUAAAUAGAAAACAAGUAUAUUUACAUUUAUGCAUAUGGUGAGGACAAACUACAAAAUAAAAUCAACUGCAAGUCACUAUUCUAAAAAUUGUGACUUGGAUUCUGUCCUUGGCCUAGUGCUGCUGAACCUUUUCUAAAUGAGGUCCUCUUGAUGUUAUUCUGAAGACCUUUGUACUUAAAUCUGUGAUCGUUUGUAGCUUUAUUCUCACUGUUAACUAAAAGGAUCUGAUUACGCUUAAAA